CGUUCGCACGUAAUUCCACGGACGACGGGCUCCGCGGAGCGGAAGGGGGAUUCGUAUUUUGUCAUCCUUGUCAUCGAUGCACCGGGAGCCGUUCUGUCAAACAAUAGAAGCGAACCGUGUCUCCGUCGUGCCGUGGCAGCGAGUUAGUCUCACCCGUCGUUCGGCAUGGGGGACGGCAAGGAGGGCGAGCGGCAGCCGCUGCUGAAGAACGAGAACGUGACGUACACCUCGGUCGGCGGCGAUGCGAUCGACGAAACGCAGUCCAAUGUGCACACCGUGUCGACGAUCGGGCCGGACGAGCUGCCGCCGCCGUACCAGUCCGCGAUCCAGGGCGGCAUGCCGAUGGUCACCUGCAGGGUUUGUCAGGCGAUGAUAGACAUCUCCGGCAAGAGGGACCAGCACGUCGUCAAGUGCUGUCAGUGCAACGAGGCCACGCCAAUACGAAACGCCCCGCCCGGGAAGAAGUACGUGCGAUGCCCGUGCAAUUGCCUGCUGAUAUGCAAGAGCUCGUCGCAGCGCAUAGCCUGCCCCAGGCCGAAUUGCAAGCGCAUCAUCAACCUGGCACCGAGCCCCAUCACGCCGCCGGUUCUGUCAAUGCCAGGCAUGUGCAGAGUAGGCUGCGCGCAUUGCCAUGACACAUUCUUGUUCAAUACAUUAAACAAUGCUCUGGCUCGAUGUCCACAUUGCCGCAAGAUCUCUUCCGUCGGCCCGGACUUUGCCAGAGGAAGAGGAAUCGUAUUCAUUAUCGUUGGGAUUAUAGCCUUAGUAAUCGCUAUAGCCGUAACGGUCGGGACCUAUAAAUAUGUAAAAACAAACAGCGGUAUUUACGUAGCGUAUAUCGGUGCAUUUCUGUUGGCGCUCUUGUGCCUGGGCCGCAGCAUUUAUUACUGUACGAUGAAGAUCAGUUUGAUAGAGGGUCCCAUGUAGUCUCCCAACCAACAGCGAGCAGCCAAUAAUACCAAGUCGAACCCACUGAGAUGAAUGUCAUGUAACCCAUUUAGAACAAAUGUUUAUAGAAAUGUGACAUUUUCGAGUCCCUCUGCGGAGAGAACGAUACGUAUAUACACAUGGCCAUAUGUGCGUAUGCAGACCUGUAUUGUUUAUUAUAAUGCAUGUAUACAUUCUUAUAUAAUUCGCAUACACAUAUGAACGUGUCUCGUGAUCGGGAAGAAAGCAAAAUGUUUCGCGACGCUUUCCUCAGGUAAGAUAACGAUUGUAGGAAAUCUCUCUCUCUCUCUCUUUCUCGGGAGCCCUGGUGUUUUACGAAGGAAUUGUCUCUGUGCACUUUUAUAUGUGCAAGCGCGGGGGCAACGGCCGCGGGCUCCGGAUUUUAUUUUCAAUCUACUGACUAGAGAAUACGUUCUAUAUAUACAUAUAAUUAUACAUACAUGCUUUCUAUAACACAUUACGCGUAUCAAGUGCACAUAGAGUCGAGGUGCAAAUGUGCUCAUAUUAUUCCAAGUGUACGUAUGAAGUAAGUUUUAAAGGAAUCCAUUAUGCAAGUCUGUACGAAUCCGUUUUUUAAAUUUAUUCUUGCAUUCUAUACAAAAGGCGUUCUGUAUCGAAAACGCGAAGAAAAAGGGCGAGAUCGCAUGGUUUCGAAUAAAUUUCUGGGUUUAUACGGAUUUUGUAGCACACACGGGUGAAAUCACGUGGGAGAUACCGAUGUAUAUAUUAAUAAUGUAGAUUACGCACUUAGGUAACGUAAAUCCGAAUACAGAAUUUUCCCCCCCCCCGGUUGUCACACGAGGAAUGCCGCGGCGCCGUUUUUAGUUUUCACCGUUCGUAAGGUAUACCGCGCGAUACCGCCGCUCAUGGAGAUUAAAGUAUGUUCCCGUUCGGUUAGGUUUUCGUCAUAUAGCUCUCAUAAUCUCUGUAAUACCCUUUUCAAACGCAACUCUUCUUUCUAGACGACUCUUAUUCUCAAUACGAGUUUCCUUACCAUAUAAUGGAAGAUAUGUUAUACUUGUUGAAAAAAUAAAUUCCGUUUGGUAAAAAACCAA